AUGGCCAAGUUUACCGUCUUCGCAUCUACGCUCCUUGUCGCGUUCGCAAGUGUCACUUUUGCUCAAAAUGGAGAGGAUCACUCGGAUAUGGAUCAAUCGAUGAAUAUGACUAUGUCAAACUCUACUGCGGCCGCUCCUACUGAAGAGUGUGCAUCUAAUGUUAGCACGUCUUUCAUCGCCACUAUUGACAACAGUACCUACUUCAACACAUGCGCUGAGGGCACAACAUUUAAUAUCUCGUCAGUGUUUGAUGUCCUCAACUUCACGGACUCGGACUUCCUCACAUUCUGCAACUCAUCCACGUGUCUCGCUCCUGUACACGAGCUCAUGGACUCCGUCGACUGCUUGAUCACGUACCAAGGAACGCCACGUGACCUUGCUGAUGAAGUGUCAAAACUUCACGAUCAAUGCCAUGAAGUGCUUGAAGAUGCAGGAGAAGAAAUGAACAUGAGUGGUCCAGGCAACAGUACGACACCUGCGCCUUCUGCGGAUAACACCAGCAGUGCUUCGUCAAUUAUGCUAACAAUGGGAUUGGUGAUCUCAUCUGCCAUUCUCGCCGUUUCCAUCGCUUAG